CUCUAUAAAAACCGCGGGCUCUGCGUAAAUGGAAAUUAAAAAAGGACAAGCCACUUUUCACUUGGCAUAAAUUGCAAAGGCUUCUCUUUCUCUGUUGCCGAGAGCUGAUUGUUCAAGCGCAAUUUUUUAUUAGAUUAAAGGGGGACGAAAAGAGUGGGUGGGAACAUCAAGAUUUGACAGGAAAAUGGAGGGUGGAAGAGCGGUCGAUCUUGGAUCUGGGGAUUUCGGGUGUGCGCAUUACAGGAGAAGGUGCAAGAUAAGAGCACCAUGUUGUGAUGAGGUCUUUGAUUGCAGGCACUGUCACAAUGAAGCAAAGAAUUCGCUCGAAACUGCGCCUCUAAAACGGCACGAUGUUCCGCGACACGAAGUGAAGCAGGUUAUCUGUUCUUUGUGUGGCACCGAACAAGAGGUUCAACAAAACUGCCAGAAUUGUGGGGUUUGCAUGGGCAAGUAUUUCUGCGCUGAGUGCAAGUUCUUUGAUGAUGAUGUUUCGAAGAAUCAAUACCAUUGUGAUGAAUGCGGUAUCUGCAGAACCGGAGGCAGGGAGAAUUACUUCCAUUGUAAGAAAUGUGGAUGUUGCUAUUCGAAGUUAAUGAUUGAUGACCAUCGCUGUGUCGAAAGGGCAAUGCACCACAAUUGCCCUGUAUGCUUUGAGUACCUGUUCGAUACGAUGAAAGAUAUUACUGUCCUACCUUGUGGACACACCAUACAUUUGGAAUGUGUCAAAGAAAUGGAGCAGCACUACAGGUACUCGUGCCCUGUUUGCUCAAAGUCAAUCUGCGAUAUGUCUAGUUUGUGGAGAAGACUUGAUCAAGAGAUCGCGAAAACUCCGAUGCCUGAAGUGUACCAAAAUAAGAUGGUUUGGAUACUCUGCAACGAUUGCGGAGCGCGAUGCCAUGUCCAGUUUCACGUUGUGGCACACAAGUGCACGAGUUGCAGGUCCUAUAAUACGCGACAAAUGCAGGACAGGCCUCCGGCCUUGUGUUCGUCAGGGACGUCCGAGGUCGUGAGAUGACCCGCUAUAGUCGAUAGCCUUUUACACGGAGCAGCUCAUCCUCUUUGAAUAGAAUCGGGGCAUGAGCGAUAGAUAAAGGUCUUUGAGACAACCUAGUAUGAUAGUGUUAUCUUGUAAAAGAUUUCCCUUUCAGGGAAAUCAUUUUUUUUUGUGGCAUUAAAUCCUGCAACUUUUUUUUUUCCUCAUUUUGACUGCUGUAUGAGAAAUUCUGACCAUCUGUAUCAGAUUUGUUUGUUAAUCCAUCGAAUUUUCCCUUUCUACAA